AUGUUUGAGUCACGGAAGACAGCCCAGGUAGCUAGAGAAAUGCACAAUUACAACCUUGUGGUGCUGGGACUUUCUGAGACCAGGUGGAAGCAGUCAGGACAACUGCGACUGACAACAGGAGAGAUGGAGUUGUAUUCUGGACAUGAAGAGAGCAAUGCUCUCCAUAUGGAGGGUGUAGCACUUCUGCUGACGAAAGAGGCAGAAAAAGCCCUGAUUGGGUGGGAAGCAAGAGGACCAAGGUUCAUCACAGCAUCCUUUAGAACAGCGAGGAAGAACAUUAGGAUGAAUGUAGUGCAGUGUUAUGCCCCAACAAAUGACAAGAGUGAUGAGGUGAAGGAUGGGUUCUACAAUCAGCUGCACGACAUCCUCAGCAGGUUAAGAAACCAAGAUAUCAAUAUUCUGAUGGGCGACUUUAAUGCCAAGAUUGGAUCGGACAACACAGGGUAUGAUGAAGUAAUGGGAAGACAGGGGCUCGGUAAGAUGAAUGAAAACGGUGAGCGCUUUGCAGAUGCAUGUGCUUUAAACAACGUGGUGAUUGGAGGCAGUGUGUUUCCGCACAAGAGGAUACACAAGGCAACAUGGGUGUCCCCGGACCUUAUAACAGAGAACCAGAUCGACCACAUCUGUAUUGCAAAGAAGUUCAGAAGA